AUGUCUAACCAAGCAAAUGGUUUUAAGGUUUCUCAACCUUUUAUAACAGAUAAACAAUUUCAGAAUUUGUCUUUGAAUGAAAUAAGACAUAUAAUAAAAGAAGAAAGAGAAGAACUUAAGAAAGAUUAUAAGGAAUUAGGAGAAAGAAGAAAAUUAAUUAAAAAAUAUAAUAAAUUGAAAGAAGCUAGAGAAAAAGUAAAAAAAGGUAUUGAUAUAAAAAAAGAAAGGAAGAAAAAAGUAAAAAAACCUCCUAAAAAGAAAAAGAUAAAAUCAUUUGAAGAGUAUUUUGAGGAAUGUAUAAAAAAUAAAGAGAUUCCAUCAGAUACUCCUUCUUAUUUACGUGAAGCUCUUGAGAGAGCUAUUAAGGAAUACAAUAAAGGACUUAUUAAAGAAAAAUCAUCUUUGGAAAACUUUGCUAACAAAAAUGUUAUUAAAGGAGAACCUGGAUUAAUUCCAGUUGAUUUUUUAAAUAAAAUUCAUAGUACUUUAGAAGAAUUUUUUACAUAUCAUAGAAACAUAAAAUUUAAUAUGCUUUUGGUUUGUUUAAUGGAACAGCAAUUACUUAGUAAAGAUAAAGGAGUUAUAGGAUUGAAUCAAAGUAAGGCUUACUUUACAUCAGGAAUUCGAAAAAAUUUAAAAUCAACAGAUGUAAAUGAAUUAAUUAAUCUUUGCUCUAAAAAUAUUCUUAAAGAUAUAGAUGCUUAUCAAGAAAAUGGAAGUGGAUGGUAUUUUAUUGAAGUAGUUCAACUUGAAAUUCAUACUGUUGAGUUUAACCCAUCUAAGGGAUCAUCUUACAUUCCUCUUCCAGAUUGGAUAUCAAACAAAAAAGCAAUUGUUAAUAUUCAAAACAAAGAUGAGAAAUGCUUUCUUUGGUGUAUACUUAGAUAUCUUCAUCCAAAAGAAAAUCAUGAAGAAACACUAAAAGAUUUAAAAGAAUAUGAAAAUUCUCUUAAUACUAAAGGAAUUAGUUUUCCUAUGAAAUUAAAAGACAUUACAAAAUUUGAAAAACUUAAUCCAGAACUUCCAGGAAUAAAUGUUUUUUCAGCUGAUAAUUAUAUUUUUUAUCCUUUGAGAAUGGCAGAGAGAGAUUGUUUAAAUACUAUUGAUUUAUUUUUGUACGAAGAAGGUGGUGUUUCGCAUUACACACUAAUCAAAAAUUUUCAUCGUUUGAUUAAGUCUCAAAAAACUAAGAGUAAGAAUGGUUCAAUAUUUAUUUGUAAAAGAUGUUUUACACAUUACACUAAAGAAGAAUUAUUACAAAAACAUAUCUUAUACUGUUCAAAUAAUGAAACAGUGUCUGUAAAAAUGCCAGAAGAAGGUACAAUGCUAUAUUUCAAAAAUUACGACAAUCAACUUCCAAUUCCUUUUGUAGUUUAUGCAGAUUUUGAAUGCUUUACUAAACCAAUAAAUACUUGUAUUCCUAAUCCAAAAGAAUCUUAUAGUUACAACUAUCAAAAACAUGAACCAUCAGGAUUUUGUUUUUACAUUAAAGGGAUAGACCCUAAUAUAUCAUUUAAACCAAUUAUUUACACAAAGACUAAUGAUAGUGAUAAUGUAGCUGAGAUAUUUGUUAACAAACUUACAGAAGUAACAAAUAGUAUAUAUAAUGAUUUUUAUCGUCGUCCAAAACCACUUAGAUUAAAUAAAGAGGAACAAAAAUCAUUUGAUAAAGCGGAAAUUUGUCAUAUUUGUAGUAAAGAAUUAAAAAAAGAGAAAGUUAGAGAUCAUUGUCAUUUUACUGGAAAGUAUCGCGGAGCAGCUCAUAACAAAUGUAAUCUUAUGUGUAAAAAACCAAGAAUACUACCAGUUAUAUUUCACAAUUUUCAAGGUUAUGAUGCUCAUUUGUUUAUAAAACAACUUGCUUGUUUACCAGGUGAGUUAAAUUGUAUUCCAUCUACGGAAGAAAAAUAUAUUUCCUUUUCAAAAAAGAUUAAGGUUGGUGAGUAUAAAGAUAAAUAUACUGGAAUAAUUUUACCAAUAAAUUUUGAAAUAAGAUUUAUAGAUUCAUUCAAGUUUCUUCAAACAUCAGUUGCUAAUCUCGUUUCAAAUUUACAACCAGAUGAUUUUUAUAAUACAAAAAAAAUAUUUAAGAAGUAUGUAAAAUUAUUAACUCGUAAGGGAGUUUAUCCGUAUGACUAUGUUUCAUCACUCGAAAAAUUAUCUGAAACACAACUUCCACCAAAAGAGGAAUUCUAUUCAAAAUUGAAUGAUGAAGAUAUAAGUGAUGAUGAUUAUCAACACGCUAUUAAUGUUUGGAAUACUUUUGAGUGUAAAACAAUUAGAGAUUAUCAUGAUCUUUACCUAAAGACUGAUGUUCUACUUUUGGCAGAUGUAUUUGAAAACUUUAGAAAAACUUGUCUAAAACAUUACACCUUAGAUCCAGCACAUUAUUACACAUCUCCUGGACUAGCUUGGGAUGCAUGUCUCAAAGAGACAGGUCAAAAAUUACAGUUACUACAUGAUUAUGAUAAGUUAAUGAUGUUUGAGCGUGGUAUUCGUGGAGGAAUAUCCCAUAUUUCAAAAAGAUAUGCAGAAGCAAAUAACAAAUAUAUGAAAGAUUAUAAUCCUGAUAAAGAAUCUACUUAUAUUCAAUAUCUUGAUGCAAAUAAUCUAUACGGUUGGGCAAUGUCUCAACAACUUCCUAUACAUGGAUUUAGUUGGAAGAGAAACCUAACAAAAGAAAAAGUAAUGGAUAUUCUAGAUAAGGCAAAUCAUAGUAUGUCAAAUCGUGGAAGAAAAGGUUAUAUAUUUGAAGUAGAUUUGGAAUAUCCUAAAAAACUAUGGAAAUCACAUAAUGGCUAUCCUCUAGAACCUGAAAAAAUGAUUGUUAAUGGUGUUGAAAAACUUAUAUGUCAUUUUAAACCAAGAAAAAACUAUGUUGUACAUUAUCGUAAUCUUAGACAAUAUCUUGAGAUGGGAAUGAGGCUUACUGCUGUUCAUAGGGGAAUAUCAUUUUAUCAAAGUUCUUGGAUGGAACCAUAUAUAAGAAAAAAUACAGAACUUCGAAAAACAGCAGCUAACAGUUUUGAGAAAGACUUUUUCAAAUUGAUGAAUAAUUCAGUAUUUGGAAAAACAAUAGAAAAUAUAAGAAAAAGACAGAAUAUAAUUCUUAUUGAUGAUCGUAAAAAAGCUGUAAAAUUAACAAGUCGACCAAACUUUGAUAGAGCAACAAUAUUUGAUCGUAAUCUUAUUGCGGUUCAUAUGAAAAAAACAGAAGUGUAUUUUAACAAACCAGUAUAUGUUGGUCAAGCAAUUCUAGAUUUAUCAAAAACAUUAAUGUUUGAUUUUCAUUACAAUUAUAUCAAAAAGAAAUACAAAAACAAAGCUGAGUUAAUGUUUACAGAUACUGACUCACUUUUAUACCAAAUUCAUACGGAUGAUUUUUAUCGCGAUAUAUCUAAUGAUAUAUUAGAGAAGUUUGACACAUCUGAUUAUCCUCCUGAUCAUGAAUCUGGAAUACUAACAGGAGUUAACAAAAAAGUAAUAGGAAUGUUUAAAGAUGAAGUAGCUGGAAGACAGAUUACAAAAUUUGUUGGCCUUCGUCCAAAGCUUUAUACUUUCAAGAUAGAGGAUGGAAGUUUAACCAAGAAGUGUAAAGGUGUAAAGAAAAAUGUUGUAAAAAAGGGAAUAGAAUUUGAAAAUUAUGUUGAGUGUUUAUUUACCGGUGAAAAGCAAAUGAGAACUAUGAAAAUUAUAAGAAGUGAAAAUCAUGACAUUUACUCAAAGGAAGUAAAUAAAAUAGCUUUGAGUAGUGAAGAUGAUAAAAGAAAGGUCCUUAAAGAUAGAGUUCACACUUUAUCUUUUAGAUAA